GGCCCGGGGUCCUCAGUGCCGGCGCCUGCUCCUAUAAAGGCCACCAGCCGCUGCGCGCCACUGUAGUAGCCUUGUUCUUCGUCUUUCUCUUCAAGUUCUCUUGACGCCGCUCCGUUUUUGUCCUCCUCCGGCCGGCAGGCUCCUGGAGACCCAACACCAUGCCUUCAAUUAAGUUGCAGAGUUCUGAUGGAGAAAUAUUUGAAGUUGAUGUGGAAAUUGCCAAACAGUCUGUGACUAUCAAGACCAUGUUGGAAGAUUUAGGAAUGGAUGAUGAAGGAGAUGAUGAUCCAGUUCCCCUACCAAAUGUUAAUGCAGCAAUAUUAAAAAAGGUUAUUCAGUGGUGCACCCACCACAAGGAUGACCCUCCUCCUCCUGAGGAUGAUGAGAAUAAAGAGAAGCGAACAGAUGAUAUCCCUGUUUGGGACCAAGAAUUCCUGAAAGUUGACCAAGGAACACUUUUUGAACUUAUUCUGGCUGCAAACUACUUAGACAUUAAAGGUCUGCUUGAUGUCACUUGCAAGACUGUUGCCAAUAUGAUCAAGGGGAAAACUCCUGAGGAGAUUCGUAAGACCUUCAAUAUAAAAAAUGAUUUUACUGAAGAAGAAGAAGCCCAGGUACGCAAAGAGAACCAGUGGUGUGAAGAGAAGUGAAAUGCUGUGCCUGACACUGUAACACUGUAAGGAUUGUUCCAAAUACUAGUUGCACUGCUCUGUUUAUAAUUGUUAAUAUUAGACAAACAGUAGACAAAUGCAGCAGCAAAUCAAUUGUAUUAGCAGAGUAUUGUCGUCUUUGCAUGUGUAGUUUUGAGUACAGAUUCCAGACUUACGGCUGAGUUUUUCAUAGUAUGAUCAAAAGUUUUCUUUUUUUUUUUUCUUUGUUCUGAAUAAAACUUAACUGUGGGUUCUCUAGAGAAAGUGGCAUUUUGGGCUUCCCCUCUUUUUGUAAAGCAAUUUCUGCCUGGUUUAUUGUCCAGUUAACUUUAGUGACCUGAUCUUUUAAAAAGUUGACAUUGUAAAUAAAAGCAACUUGCAAAAAAAAAAAUUCUGAAUUAGAAUUAACUGCAUAGGAUUUUUAUUCAUUAACUGAAAAGUGGGAAAAGACUAUUUGUUAAAUAUUCUAAGUGGGCUUAGUAGGAUGGCUUCUAACUUCCUGAAGUCAAGAAGCUCCCUUGGUCUUGAUUAGCUUAUGUAGAAGGGAUCCCUUAAUUGGAUAUGAGAACUUGUUUUUGCAUUUUCUUAGUUACUACUAAGAAUUUUUUUUUUUUUGAGAAGUACAGUGAGAUAGUUUGUGUUAACUUUUCAAUUAAAAAAGACAUUUACCCCACAUGUAUGUCCAUCUUUUUAUAAUCAGCAAUCUGAUAUGAAGAAAACUACACCUCCUGCAUGUAAAAAAAAAAAAAAAAACUCAGCCAUUAACAUGAAAACAUGUGGCAUAAGGGUGCCGAAAACAAUCUAUCAUGAAUGAGAAACACUUCAAAUAAAAAGAAAGUUAGGUGAUAGGUAAUAAAUGGUUUGCUUUUGUGUACUUAAUGUAUCUCUUCACUUAAUAAAAGAGGUUAAUUUAUGUACCUUUA